AUGGCUGGACGGGGAGUUGGUUGUCUCUCAGAGGCAAUGGGGGCCCUGAGGCUGUCUGCCGCGAAGCCCUCAACAGUUGCCAGGAUAUUUACCCGAUCAAUGGCCACCGAGGCUUCCGAGACUAGUAUUACCAGAACCGCCAGCGACAAGUCUGCAUUAAUCCAGUCAUGGAACCCAGUGUCCACCGUUCCUCUCACAAUCCACAGCUUCCCCUCGUUCGAGCCCACAUCCCUCGAGAAGUGGUCUGUCGAUCACCUCUACCUCCCCCUCCGCCGCGAUAUCCUCCACCUGGCAGUGGUCUUCGAGGGCGACAACACCCGCUCCGGCACCGCCAGCUCCAAGACUCGCUGGGACGUCCACGGCUCCCACCGCAAGAUCCGCCCCCAGAAGGGCACCGGCCGCGCCCGUCUCGGCUCCAAGCAGAACCCUUUACUCCGCGGCGGUGGCAAGUCCUUUGGCCCCCACCCCCGCGACUUCGGCACCAGCCUCAACCGCAAGGUCUACGACAAGGCCUGGCGCACCGCGCUGAGCUACCGCUAUCGGCGCGGGGAGCUCAUCGUCUGCGAGGACGGAAUGGAGCUGGCCAUGCCCCGGGGCUUCGAGAAGGCUCACAAGAAGGACCUGCGCUGGGGCCUGCGCGAGGCGUACCAGGCCCGGUACAUGAAGAGCGUCCUGGACACGCUGGGCCUGGGCAAGGCGGACGGGCGCACGCUCUUCGUCACCGGCGACCGCCGGGAGCACCUGUACUCGGCCAUGGAGCAGGUCCCCUGGGAGGGGCGGGCGCUGGACCUGGAGGAUGUGGAUAUCAAGGAUCUUCUGGAGACCGGCAAGGUGGUCAUGGAGCGCAGUGUACUCAAGGAGAUGAUUGAGCGCCACCAGAGCGAUCUGGUGGCCAAUGUUGUUGUAGGCGGGCUCAAGGGUUCUGGUAUCCCGACUGGCCAGAAGGUGUUUUAA